AUGUCAAGUCACAAAACGGAUAAGGCUACGAAAACACCGAGUAUUGAGACUGUGACCGAUUUAACAUCUCUGCGCUCUUUGAACGUUGAACUGAAGGAAUAUUUGGACCGAACAAAUAAUGCGGAGCUGCACGAAUUGUACCCGGGUGUUGAAAGGAUGGAAUACGAUUUUAUAGCCGAGAGGCAAAAUGUUUACGCUACGAAUUUAGUUGAGGCAACGGCACACCUAAUUAAAGGAUGUCUUGGCGCUGGCAUACUAGGCAUCCACGAAGGCUACAUGCAUGGGGGCCUGUGGACUUCACUGGCCACUAACGUACUUAUCGGAUUCGUAGUUCAAUAUAACAUGUUAUUACUGGUGCAUUCGGCACAAAAGAUGUACAUCAGAUUAAGAGUUCCAAAGCUCUCAUAUCCGGACCUUGUCGAAGCUGUUAUAGCGACAGGACCUUUAAAAUGUAUAAGAGGUCUAAGCAAAGUGUUCAGGUACUCGGUGGACUGUUUCCUUUUUAUUGGAUUUUGCAGCACCUGUUGCAUUUUUGAAAUAAUGAUCGCGAGAACAAUCAAAGAGCUUAUGGAAUCUAUCAGCACAAACUUCAAGAAUUGGCAGUUGCCAAUUUCAAUUUAUAUUUUAGUCGUUGCCAUACCAUUAUUUUUUAUUUCAAUGAUAAGGAACCUAAAACAUCUAGCACCGUUCUCAAUUGUUGCGGACAUUUUCUGCGGUGUUUGCGUCCUAAUUACCAUAUACUAUAGUAUAUUAGAGAGAAAACAUGAUGAGGUGCGUCCAGCUUGGAAGAGUGUCCACGGACUUUUCCGUUUCUGCGGCAUCUGCUUAUACAGCCUUGAUGGUAUCGGAGUAACGUUGCCAAUAGAGAACUCGAUGGCAAAGCCGCAAUACUUCUACAUUGUAGUCCAGUGGGGAAUGAGCAUUGUAUUGCUGUCGGUGGCAAGUGUCGGAUUCUUUGGAUACUGGUCCUGGGGAGAAGCUUGCCGCAGUCCUAUUACAGUGCACAUGCCCAAAGACGACGCUUCAAUCAUUCUCCAGUUCUUGUUGACAAUGAUGUUCGCUGUCACGUUUUCAGUACAUCUAUGGGUGCCGUUUAGAACCAUAUGGCACUACAUCGGUUGGAGGCACAACAGGAAUCGAGGGCACUGGGAAAGAUUUUACAGGGGAAUUUACGUUAUGAUCCUAACGUGCACGUCAGUUAUCUUUUCCGAUCUGAGCAAUUGGAUGAGCUUUGUUGGAAACUUCUUUCUUAGCACCAUCGUAUUCAUAUUUCCAGCCUUUAUAGACUCUUUGGUCAUAUGGGGUGAGAGAAAUUUUCGCCAUUUGAGAUUGAAAUUACUCCGUAAUACCGUCAUAAUCACAAUCGGCUUUGUUAUGUGUUGCGGUGCGAUAUACUCUUAUAUUGAA